ACACACAAUCUCUCUCUCUCUCUCUCUCUCUCUCUCUCUCUCUCUCUCAGCACACACAAUCUCUACAAUCUCUUCUCCUCUCCUAGCGUCUAUAUUAUACAAUCUUCCACGCUUCUCUCUCUUUUCUUCUCUAAAUAUCUAUAUAUAGUCAUACUUACGUGUUUUGUAUCGUCAAUUUAGGGACUCUUUUCUACCGCACUGUUUCAGAUAUAUCAGGAACUCCUCAUUCACAGGUUUUUGGAUUAGUAAGUGCUGCAUUUUGAGGCAUUAAUAGUUGUCUGAUUGAGUGAAUUGUUGUACCGGAAUUAGGGAAUUAGGGUUUGAUUAUAUGUUUGCGGAUUUUGAUCAGUUUUUGAGGGAUAUAAUGGAACAUAUGGUUUUUAGGUUCAAGGAGAAAUUAGGAGUUUUCGUGUUUGUGUGAGGUAGGGGUUUUUUUGUUUGUGGUGGUUUGGGGGUUGAUUGUUGAAGAUGACGGAUGUGACGGAUGUAGGAGAGCAAAUGCAACAGAAGCCUGAGAGCACAAGCAAUGGUUGUGAUGAUUUUGAGUGUGGGUUUGAAGAUUUGAUGAGGGGGCAUUUGGAUGAUUGCAUGUCUUUUACAUCGUGUAGCUCUCCCAGGAAUACGGAGGACGAGGAUAAUGAAGGGGAUCAGCUUGUGAGGAGGAGGAGGAGGUCGGAUCUUGAGGGGGAUGAUUUGGCAGAAUCUUCUGCUGCCAGGAGGAGGCAUUCGCAGAUUCUGAGCAGGUGGGCGGCUAGACAAGCACAGGAGAUGAUUACAACGAUUGAGAGGAGGAAUCGGGAGUCGGAAUUGAUGGCACUUGCUGGUUUGCAUACUGUUUCUAUGCUUGAUUCGUCGUUUUUACGGGAGUCUCAGAGUCCCACUUCAAGGAGGCAAGGAAAUGUGGAGAGACCAAAUACACAGGCAUCUUCCAUUUUGCAGAUGUGGAGGGAGUUGGAAGAUGCACAUGCGCUGAAUCGGGCUCGUGUUAGAGUUAGAGAAAGGCAGAGAUUGAGGCAACGUAGAAGUGUGGAGUCGAAUACGAAUGUCUCAGCUACAAAUAUUUCUGAAAGCAGAGAAAGUGAGAAUCAGGCCGGUUUGGAAGAUGUUAGUGGGAGUGAGCGUGACUUUGGGACUUGGUCUCGUGGUCAGAUGGAGCCUCAAAUCAUUCGCAGGGAUGACGAUACUUCUAGUCGUGAAACAUCUCCUGAUUUUGGUGAAGUUGAGAGGGAGAGGGUCAGGCAUAUCGUUAGGGGAUGGAUGGAAAGUGGCAUCAGUGAUCCUUCACCAAAUGUUGCUCAGAGGAGUGAUAGUCCAAGAGCAGAAUGGUUAGGCGAAACUGAACGGGAGAGGGUUAGGGUUGUGAGGGAGUGGGUGCAGAUGACAAGUCAGCAGAGAGGAGCUCGCACUAAUCGAAGGGAGGAACAAGUUGCAGUACCCAGUGCUCAAGUUGGGGGUUCUCGUGAAGGGUCAGUUACUGACCACGAUGACAGCCAGCCUGAGCAUAUUCGGAGGGACAUGUUAAGACUGCGUGGUAGGCAAGCUGUAAUUGACUUGCUAGUGAGGAUAGAAAGAGAGAGACAGAGGGAACUUCAGGGUUUGAUGGAGCAUCGGGCUGUUUCUGAUUUUGCUCAUCGCAGUCGCAUACAGUCAUUACUCAGAGGCAGAUUCUUACGGAAUGAAAGACCUAUAGAGGAUGAAAUACGACCUUCAGUGGCUACAAGUGAAUUAGUUCAGUUAAGGCAACGCCACACUGUGUCUGGUUUGAGAAACGGAUUUCGCUCCAGAUUAGAGAAUAUUGUCCGUGGUCAAGUAAGCAGCCAUUCUGAACCCUUAUCUAACAAUAACAACACUGAUUAUGGAAGUGGUCAGACUCAUUCAAACCCUCUACAGGAGGUUCAGCAUGAAAACCAUGAGCAGUUGCAGCUUGGGAGUCAGGAAAAUGAGAUCCAUCAGCAAUCUGAAAAUUUGGAAGCUAACACAGUUGCCCCAAAUGUAAAUGAACAAGAUGCUGCUAAUCAAGGCGGUGAUUGGCAAGAGCAGAUUAUUGAAGACGAGAGAGAAAACUGGCAACAAGCAACUUUAAAUGAGCUUAAUGGAUGGGGAGUGGGACCUUCUGUUGAUAUGGAUCAGAAUUGGCAGGAAAAUUCAGUUAAUAGUUGGCCCCAAGAAACAUCAAGAACUGAUGGAGAAGCUGGUCAUCCCCAAAGAACACGUGAAGUUUGGCAUGAGGGUCCUGCUGCAAAUUGGCCAGGAGGACAAACAUCUAAUCACCCAAGAAUAAGGAGAUCCGCUCCAUUCAGAAGACCCAAUAGAUUUCAUCCACCGGAUGAUGAUAAUGUGUAUAGUAUGGAACUUAGGGAACUCUUAAGCAGGCGAAGUGUUUCUAAUCUUCUUCGUAGUGGUUUUCGUGAGAGUUUGGACCAGUUAAUCCAGUCAUAUGUUGAAAGGCAAGGCCGUGCUCCCAUUGACUGGGAUCUUCAUAGAAACCUGCCUACUCCUGCUUCACAAGAGCAGGAUCAGGAUCAGCAGAGGGAUGGGCAGAACGAGGGUCAACUUGGUGGUGCUGGUAGACCAUCACUAGUACUUCCAUCUCCUCCGGUGCCCCCACCACAGCCUAUUUGGCACCAUGAUUUGCAUCAUUCUAAUUGGCCCCGGCAUAGCAUGCAUCGCUCUGAACUUGAAUGGGAAAUGAUCAAUGAUCUAAGAACAGACAUGGCAAGGCUUCAACAAGGAAUGAGCCACAUGCAGAGGAUGGUAGAAGCUUGCAUGGAUAUGCAACUGGAGUUGCAGCGUUCAGUCAGACAGGAAGUCUCUGCUGCUCUGAAUCGAUCAAAUGGUGGACAAGGAGUAGUUGAAACUUCUGUUGAUGGUUCUAAAUGGGGUCAUGUGCGUAAAGGAACUUGCUGUGUCUGUUGUGAUAGCCAAAUUGAUUCAUUACUGUACAGAUGUGGCCACAUGUGCACCUGUUCAAAGUGUGCAAACGAGUUGGUGCGUGGUGGAGGCAAGUGCCCAUUGUGCCGGGCGCCAAUUGUUGAGGUCAUCCGAGCUUACUCCAUACUGUGAAUAUUUUAAUUAAUAAAAAACACAUCUCGAAACUGAUUAAGAUGGGCAAGAAGAAAUUUCAAUCCCAAUUUAGUCUUUAAGCUCCCUAGGUUUCAUUUCUGUAGAGUAUUCUUGUUUUUCCCCCAUUUUCUUCAAUUAUAUGUGGAAUGCAUUGCAUCAUGUAAUUGAAAUAACAAUUGGUAUAUUUAUCCACGCGUAAAUAAAAUUCUAUAAGAAAAUUCUUUACUUGUAA